AUGAGAAUCGUACUAUUAGGCGCUCCGGGUUCCGGUAAGGGGACCCAGGCAGCCAUACUAAAAGAUCAAAUGGGCAUCCCCCAUAUAUCCACUGGGGACCUGCUGCGUGGAGCAGUCAAAGCGGGCACAGAGCUUGGUAAGCAGGCUGAGGCGAUCAUGGCCCGAGGCGAUCUAGUUUCCGAUGAAAUCAUGCUCGGUAUCAUCCGCAGUCGGCUCGGCGAAGACGAUGCUCAGAACGGAUUUAUCCUCGAUGGCUAUCCGCGUAAUCUGGUUCAGGCCAAGGCACUAGACGGUGUACUGGAAGAACUGGAAUUCCCGGUAGAAGAGGCGAUUCAGAUUGAUGUUGACCACGAGGGUAUCGUCGAGCGGCUGGCCAAACGGGCUGAGCUAGAGGGCCGCGCCGAUGACGACGCCGACGCAGUUCGUCACCGCCUCAAUGUCUACGAAGAGCAGACCGCGCCGGUUAUUGAUUACUAUGGCGACCAGGGAAAGUUGAGCCAGGUCUACGGCGUUGGCUCAAUCGAAGAAAUUUCUGCGCGCAUCCUCGGAGUUCUGAGAAUCGCUGGGCAGGAGCGAUCCUGA